AUGAAGCUGCCGUUGAACCUGAUCCCCGACGAAGCGAGCCCCAAAUGGAUGAACAAGGGAGACAACGCGUGGCAGCUGACGGCGGCGACGCUGGUGGGGCUUCAGAGCAUGCCAGGACUGGUGAUCCUCUACGGCAGCAUCGUGAAGAAAAAAUGGGCGGUGAACUCUGCCUUCAUGGCGUUUUAUGCCUUCGCGAUGGUGCUGGUUUGCUGGGUGGGGUGGGGCUACCAAAUGUCGUUCGGAGAAAAGCUCGCUCCUUUCAUCGGAAAGCCGAACGUGGCCCUGGACCAAGGCUAUCUCCUGAAGCCAGCUUUUCUCGGGUACUUUCCCAAUGCAACUAUGAUCUACUUCCAGUUUGUGUUCGCGGCCAUCACACUGAUUCUGAUAGCGGGUGCAUUGCUUGGGAGGAUGAACUUCCGGGCGUGGAUGUUGUUCGUGCCGCUAUGGCUUACUUUCUCCUACACUGUGGGCGCCUUCAGUCUAUGGUGCCCCCACGGAUGGCUGGCGAAGCUCGGAACAAUCGACUACUCAGGCGGCUAUGUAAUCCACCUCUCUUCUGGUGUCGCCGGCUUCACUGCUGCCUACUGGGUGGGACCGAGAGCGAGCAAGGAUAGGGAGAGGUUUCCGCCAAACAACAUACUGCUGAUGUUGGCUGGGGCUGGUUUGCUGUGGAUGGGGUGGACUGGGUUCAACGGCGGUGAUCCUUAUGCUGUGAGCACGGAUGCGUCUCUUGCCGUUCUUAACACCCAUGUGUGCGCAGCUACUAGCCUCCUCACCUGGCUCAUGCUUGACAUUAUUUUCUUUGGAAAGCCCUCUGUGAUUGGGGCCACCCAGGGCAUGAUCACUGGCCUGGUUUGUAUCACUCCUGCUGCAGGAGUGGUGCAAGGAUGGGCAGCAAUAAUAAUGGGAGUAUUGUCCGGAAGCAUACCAUGGUACACCAUGAUGGUUGUGCACAAGAACAUUUGGCUGUUGAAGCAAGUGGACGACACCAUGGCUGUGUUCCACACCCAUGCGGUUGCAGGUAGCUUAGGCGGCAUUCUCACUGGCUUUUUCGCUGAGCCCAAUCUCUGCCGGAUCUUCUACUUGGUACCUGAUUAUAAGCAUUACAUUGGACUUGCUUAUGGCUUUCAAACUGGGCGUACCACUGCUGGGUUCAAGCAAAUGGGUGUUCAAAUUGCAGGAAUAGUGUUUGUGAUCACCCUCAACGUUAUCAUGACCAGCCUGAUUUGUUUGUUUAUUAGACUCAUAGUUCCACUGCGGCUAGCUGACGAUGAACUUCAAACUGGGGACGAUGCUGUUCAUGGGGAGGAGGCUUAUGCGCUGUGGGGAGAUGGGGAGAAGUUUGAGUCCAAGCAUAAUUCAGCUUAUGGCAUGGAGGAGUUCCCAUCGGUCGUGCCCAGAACUGGGGGUCAAGUUUAAAUGCCUUGAUGCUUGCCUGUUGCUGUGUUUGUUUGGUUGUAUGGAAAAUGUAGGAAUGAGAGGGAAACAAUGGUGUUUGAAAGUAUUUGUUUGAUUUGUACUAGUUUUUGGGGCUUAAAGGGGACUUUUUUUUCGUGGGAAU